AUAGUUUGACCGGUCAAGUAAUUUACACCAUCAUUUUUGGCGCCGACCGUGGGACCAUUAAGGUUUCUUCUCUUCUAAAUACAAACCUACCCGCAAAAACACCACUCAAAAUGUCUUCCAGCCAGCAAAUCAACGCCACCUCUGCUCAGGUGCAAGCCACCACUGAAGGUGCCAGCAUCCCCAUGGCUGUUACCUCUGCUCCGGUUUUGCCAUUGGGACUGGGCUCGGUUCCAACACCCAGCAUGGUCAGCCCAUUCACGGCCCCCGUCCCUUCCGCUGGGCCAAAGGUCACCUUUCCACCAAGCAUGGCCCAGUUCAUGAAUGACCCAGCCAACUUACAAGCCAUCCAGGGCUUUGGCCAGGUCAUGGCCAUGUGCCAACAGAAUGGGGGAAUGCCUUUCCUCCCAGGCAUGUUUCCAUUCGCCCUUCUAGGUGGUGGAACGAUGCCCCUUCAAGCUCCGAUGGCAGUGACGCCAUUCCAGACGCCGGUGCCGCAACCAUCACCUUUCCAGCCGCAGCUGGUCAGCACCAUGGCACCUGUCAAUUUGACUGGUGCGCUCAACGCCGCAGGGCCAUCGCGUCCCCCGCAAGGUAUGAAUCCGUUAAUCACUCCGGAUGGACACUGCGUCUCGGUUGAAAGCGGAGACGACGAGUGGGACAUUCCGAGGGCCCACAAGAAGAAGAAAGGAAAGGACAUACGCCCCGCCACUUCCCGAAACUCCGCCUUCGAAAGGCUGGGGGAUAGGGAAGAGGGCCAGAGAAAGUCAGCCAAGCUGAGACUGGGGCAGAGCGUUGCCCAUGUCAGCGCUUUUGCCCGGUUGGGUGAGAUGCGGGAGGCCGAGCCUGCCCGCACCCAACGUUCCCGAUCAAACCGGCAGGAGCCAGCCAGGACGAGGGUCUCUCGUCAGGAGGAGGAAGCAGAAAGCAAGCCCAGAGUACCGGUAGCUAACCGGUUAACCGUUCCCAAUGACCGCGUCCAACAGAUGGAGGCGAAGUUGGAGAGGCUGGAGAAGAAAGUCGGGGAGAAGGGUGACCGGGGCAAACCUCUCGCGGGUUCCCCGUUCACCGCAAGGGUCCAUCUGACACCUUUCCCGCGAAAGGUUAAGAUAGACGCCCCAAGGUUCACCGGUAAGGAGGACCCAGAGAUCCACAUGGACUCCUUCAAUCAGAGUGCAACCAUGAACGGUUGUACAGAUGAAGAAAAAUGCCUCCUUUUCUUCCAAACCUUGCGGAAUCGAGCCACUGAGUGGUUCAACAAGCUUCGCCCGGGAAGCAUUGACUCAUUCAGUGACUUGGCCUCGAAAUUCAAGGCCAAAUUUCAGGAGAACUGUACUAAGAGGAAGAAAUUCACCUAUCUUAGUACAGCCGGGCAGCGGGAAUCAGAGAACCUCACUCAAUUCCUUACCCGGUGGAAGGAGGAGGUAGACAAGGUUGAGGAAAUGGAUGACAAGACAGUGUUGUCCCUCCUCCUGAAUGGUUUGCGAGCCGGGGAACUUUACAAGGAAUUCUGCCGAAAACCCCCGGCCACGUACCAGGAGGCCUACCACACUGCAUGGGAGUUCGCCGAGGCAGAAACCCAACUCCGGGCGAAGAAAGAGGCCGACCAUGGUUACAAGCCCAAGCCGGUGCCAGUCAAGAAGGAAGAGGCGCCGGGAUCCAACCGGCCAAGGCACCACAAUGACCCGGUCGUCCGCGUGGUCAACACAGAAGAGUGCCAGGAGAUAAGGAAAGCACCGGCUACCUACCCGGUCAUUCCUCCGGAAAAUCCUACUGGUCAAACUGGGCGCCAGUGGUCGGGCACCUAUUGCUCAUACCACCGGUCAGAUUCCCAUAACACAUCAGAAUGCAAGAGUGUUAAGGGAGUGAUCCGGCAGAUGAUAGAUAGCGGGGAACUGGGUAAAGAUUAUCUACAGAAAGCCCAAGAGAAGAACCACCAAUGGGUUAGGCCAGCGGCCCAGGAAAGCGACCGGGAUAAGGACCGGCGGAGGAACAACCGGCCGAGGGAACAACCUCCCCCUGACAAAGAGUAUAUUAGAAUGAUCUUCGGCGGACCCGAGGGGGGAGAUUCAGCCGCGCAGCGGAAAAACUGGGUCCGCAGCAUUUACGUGGGUGAAGUAAGUGCUGAACCGGCCAGGCGUAAGUAUCCCAGGAGGGAGCCAAUAGUCUUCACUGACCGGGACCUCCCUCCUACCGGUGAAGAUCACAAUGAUCCAUUGGUCAUCACCAUGGACAUCAACGGGGUGGACGUCGCCCGGGUACUAGUUGACACCGGCAGCAGUGUCAACAUCCUGUACCUGGAGACCUUCCAAAAACUCAGGUUGUGUCGGACACAACUUGAACCCCUCAAAACUCCUCUCUCAGGUUUCACGGGGGACACAGUGGAAGCUGAGGGGUCCAUAGUUCUACCGGUCGAACUAGGAUCGGGCGAAAAGACCGUGUGGAAGAGGAUGCGGUUCAUCGUUGGGGACAUCAAAUGCGUCCACAACGCCAUCCUUGGAAGGCCUGGCAUCAACAAGGUCGGGGCGGUGAUUUCCAUGCCGCACCUGUGCAUGAAGUUCCACACUUCGGGCGGUGUGGGAGAAGUGAGGGGCGACCAGAGGAAUGCCCGGGAGUGCUAUGCCCGGGCGGUUAAAAAGAUGACUAAGGGGGUCAACGUCAUAUCCCAAGAGAUCACAAAGGGAGAGACCCGGGAGAAAUUGGAGCCCGAGGCCGAGACGGUGGAAAUCGAACUUCACCCGGGUGAUUCUUCAAGGAUGGUCAGAAUUGGAGCGAACCUCCCAGAAGAUCUCAAGGCAGAGAUUACACGGGUGCUCCAAGAGUACGCGGGCAUAUUUGCAUGGAGCGUGGCAGAUAUGCCCGGAAUAGACCGCUCAAUCAUCUGUCACCGGUUGGCAGUAAGGGAGAUGAAGACCGGCAGCAGGUGGACAGCGAGCGGCGGCGAGGGGGGAUGUCGAGCGACGGCGAGUGGCGACGAACUCGAUGACGAGUGGCGGGGUGCUGGAUGACGAACGGUGUUCUGUUCUGCACUUUUGGGUCGUCUUCGGCGUUCUGUCUGUCUAAGAAAAGGAAUUCCGUAUUUAAGAUCUGAAUCGUGCGGCGACGGAAUUUAGCGACGGAAAAAUUCCGUCGCUAAGCCAAAACGAUGCGUUUAGAUAAAAUGAAGUAGGCAACGGUUU